AUGAUACCCAGCUUCGAAGUGUCGACUGGGAUGAACGAAGAAGGCGGCUUCCAGUACACCCUCGAAACUCUGGAGUUCCUAUUCAGCACAGGCCGCACCAUGGCUUUGUGGAUGUCUGCACUAGCUCUUGCUAUUUCCUCUUCAUACCUAUUGUGUUCUACAUCGUUGUGGCAAUUGGCCACUUUGAUAUUCAAGACCUUCGAAGAACAGGAUGGCUAUUUGAUGUCGGUACAACACAUCAACCUUGGUGGAAAAUCUACACUUAUUGGACUAUCACUAGCUUGCAGUGUCACUGACCGUCAUCGAUUUAUAGUGCACCCUCCUUUGAAUGUCCCUGCACUUGCUGUCUCACUCGACCAAGAAGUGGAGACAAACCGCGAGCUCGUGGCACAUGGAUAUUCCAACCUUUUAGCAGGAUUUCUCGUUUUAUUCUAUCGUGUGGGUGGGGGCACCCGCCUUGCUGGAUUUUUACUUGCUUGUGCUACUGCCAUAAUCAUGAUGGCCGGGACUGCCCCAAUCGGGUACUUGCCUGUGAUGGAAACCGCCCGCGAAUUACUAGAUACAGCCAAAUGGAACCAUAACCCUAUCCGGUUCCUUGUAGUCGAUUUCUCACUCGUCCUUGGAGUGGAUCUUUCGGCGUCUGAGGCUUUUGUCCGUUUACAACGCCUUCUCGCUGCCAAAAAUGUGAUUCUAGUCCUAUGUGGCUUCCAAAUGGAUUCUCAUAUCGGACGUGCACUCAAAAGUGUUGAACUCUUCGAAGCAGACAACGUCGAAGUUUUCGCAGACAUCAAUGACGCCAUAGAAUGGACAGAAAAUGUCUACCUAAAAGCCUGGUUUGACUCCAUUAAAGAAGAGACCAAGGUACCAGAAGUAAGGCCCAUCACACUUCCCGGCCGGGCCAAACUCGCAUUCUCCAUGAGUGAAUCUUGGCAGCAAUCUCCUAGAAGAUCUCAUAUCCACAAUGUUGCGGGUCGGGUCAUGCGUGCUAUCACAAGAGAGCAAGACGAAGAUCCAGAAAGUGAAGUCCCUGAGCCAGCACCAACGCUUUUCAAAACAUUUUCUGGUUACGAGGCAGACCUCUCACCGAUGUUCUUUGUUCCCAUGCUCCGUUAUUUUACACGAGUUGAGAUUCCGGAUGGCACGACCCUUUGGGAACGUGGUGACGAUCCGGACGGAAUUUACGUAGUGGAGUCAGGAGUCCUAAGGGCGAUCUAUGACUGGGAUAAUUCCGACGUCAUUACCGAAUCCAUGGUCUCUGGUACCCUUUCCGGAGAAUUAUCUGGACUAGCAAACAUGACUCGCAAUGCCAAGGUAGUCUCCGAGAAGGAUAGUGUCCUUUGGAAGCUAUCCAAAGAAAAUUGGAACCGGUUCAAAGAUGAGCAACCUGCGCUUUCUCAUCGAUUUGUCGAGCUCGUGCUAAGAG